AGGAGCGUGGCCGGGCGGAGGAUGAUGCCUGGGGAGACGAAGGAGAAGGGGGUGCAUGGGAAGGAAGGUGGGGAGCAGCAGCGGAGGGAACAGAAGCCGAUGACGGAGGAGGACGUGGAGGUGGAGGCAGAGUUGAAUACGAUAUUGAAGAAGAGUCCGAUCAUCAUAUUCUCCAAGACCUACUGCCACUUCUCCAUGAAUGCCAAACGUAUAUUUGGCGCCUACAAGAUCGUCCCGGAACCAUACAUUGUUGAGCUCGACGAGCAUCCGCUGGGCCCGAAGCUUCAGGCAAAGCUGGGAGAGAGCACGGGGAGGAGAACGGUCCCGAACAUCUUGAUCAACGGGAAGAGUAUCGGAGGCGGAGACGACGUGGCUCAGCUCCAUGAACAGGGGAAGCUGAUUGAGACCGUCAAGAGCAUGGGAGGCAAACGAAUAAUGGAAGCGACAUUGGUCGAUGUCUGAUUCCUCAGUUGUGGAGUUAUUGGACCGCAUACUAUAGGGAUCCGCAAAACGGUUUCGAUGAUCACGGCCAGAUUUGGGGCUCGAAGUUUGCACGAAAAGGCGUUUAGGGCGGGAUAUCAGGCUUUUGUAUGUGAGGGAGGUUAUACCCCGGUCUUGCAUGAUUAUUGUUCGGCUUCGACAGUAUUUAUAAGUACCAAUAUACUGACCAUCAUCAUUCUACGGUUGUGUUAUGGCGUGUCUGAACAACCCUCGCCAGCGAAGAGUCCAUAUCAAGGAAUAUACUUGUAUUUAAGACCU